AUGGAGCCCCGAAAUCUCGAAGCAAUUGGGAUAAUCAAGUUUGACGGUAUAACAAAAAACGGGCUGCGUUUGCACCCAGACGGACAGCACAUCCUUUAUCCAAUGGGUUACAAAGUAGUUAUAAAAAAAAUCGAAACCGGUGAACAAAACUUCUUCAGUGGACACACAAACAAUGUAUCGGCGUUAUGCGUUUCUCCAUGCGGUGAAUAUGUUGCAUCUGGUCAAAACAAUCAUCUUGGUCUCAAGACCGUAGUGAUUGUAUGGGAUUACAAAAAGCGUGAGAUAAGAAAAAGUUAUGAGAUACAUAAAGGUAGCAUCGAGGAUCUGUGUUUCACGUGCAAUAGUGACUUUCUUGUGAGCAUCGGAAGGGACGAUGGCGCAGUGAUUAUAUGGGAUGUCCGGGCCAAUUCUCCGAUAUGUGGCUCAUCAGCCAGCAAUGAAACGAGCGGUAGUGCAUACAACAUUGCGAGAAUGAAUGUUCACGGCGCAUGUUUCAUUACUGCGGGCGACAAGACUUUAAAAAUCUGGCAUGUCAACGCGGAAAGACGGCAAAUGCAUGGAACUGACGUAGAAAUGGGGAAACUGAAACGCCUCAACAACUGCAUCGUCGUGGACGAGAAAGAUGAGAUAAUCUAUUGCGGCACUUCUUCCGGUGAUAUUGUUAAAGCAAGAACAAACCUACGUUACGAUCUCCAAUGCGAAAAACUAGCGUGUUCGCCGGUAAUGAUCGGCUGUUAUUCGAAAAUAACGCGCGAUCCGAAGAAAAUGAAAGCAGGUGAGGGCGAUCUUUACGCGGGAGGGGUAAAAGCUUUGCUGCUUCUGAAAGACGAGAGAUUGGUCGUUGGUGCUGGCGACGGUACCGUUGAACUAAUCGAGAUAAUAAGCAGGAACAACCAAGCACGCGUGAAGCCGUCUAUGUCGAAGCUUCCUAAUACGCCACAAAUAUUUACCCAUCAAGCAGGAAACGUAUGUAGCGCUGUGACAUCUAUGAUCCUGCACUCAAAUCAAUUUGUAUUGGUCGGCACAGUUUGGUGCGAGAUUUACCAAAUUCAAUUGUCAAAUUUUCACACGCGUUUGCUCAUCACAUCUCACACCGCUUGUAUAUACAGCAUUGCGUUUCCGCAUAAUCGUUCAGAUAUAUUUGCAACAGGCAGUAAAAACGAUCUCAGACUGUGGAGAUUGAAAACGCAAGACGAAAUACUUCGUAUCACCGUGUUGAAUUUCGUUUGUUCCGGUCUACAAUUUGCACCCAAUGAUCAAAUAUUAUUCUCGGUUUGGAAUGACGGUACGAUAAGAGCAUUCGCGUCGCACAACGGAAAACUUCACUUCAUCAUUCGCAAUGCACAUACCAAAGCCGUUUCGACCAUCGUGGUCACAAACGACGGUGCAAGACUUAUUAGCGGUGGCUGCGACGGUCAGGUGCGCAUAUGGGAUGUAAAAGCUAAGGUGCAACGAUUAAUUAAUACAUUGAAGGAACAUCGAGGUCCGAUAACAUCUUUGCACAUUUCACCCAAUAACCGAGAUCUGAUUAGUUCAAGUACAGAUGGCACUUGUAUUAUCUGGGACAUAGUACUAUAUGUGAGGAAACACAUCCUGCUGGGGAACACAUUAUUCACGAUGUCGCAAUUCACACCGAAUGGGCUCCAGAUUUUAACAUGCGGCAUGGAUCGAAAGAUCGCUUACUGGGAGACUUUGGAUUGUUCAUUAAUCCGGGAAAUUGAGGACUCCAAUAUCGGAACAGUGAAUUGCGUAGACAUCAGUCCUGACGGCCGGUAUUUCGUCACCGGAUCCAACGACUGCACCGUUAAAAUCUGGAAGUAUGACAGCGCGGACAUCACUCACAUCAAUAUCUCCCACGGUGCGAUAAUCACCACUUGUAAAUUCAGUUCGGACGGUAAACAUAUAGUAACAACCAGUGCCGACGGAGCAAUCAUGAUUUGGCAUUAUCCUUACGAAACUUCCGAAGAUUCUGUAUCUGCAGCUAAGACAGGAAAAUAGGUAGCUGCAAAUCCACGCGUAAUUCGUAAGACGAGAACUGGCAUGAAUUAUCGUUAUGAAAAUCAUAAGAUAACGUAGUCAUUGCGGUAGACCAAAUUACGCAAUCGAUAAAAAAACCUGUCCUAUCGCGCAUGAAUAAAUAAAUUGUAAUAUAUACUAUAUAUAUAUAUACAUAUAUAUAUACA